GAAAGUGCUCACGUGUAGUUUUUAACAAAAGCACGUUCAGGAUCAAUUAAAACAUUCAACUUGAAUCUUAUUUCUUAGUGAUAGUAUAAAUUUUUUAAAGUUUAUAAAUUUAUUAUGGAGGACCAUAGUCAUAUGAAUCAUGCACAUCAUGAGACAGGACACAUGUCUCAAAAUAUGGAUCAUAGUGUGAUGCAUGUGGACCAUCAAAUGAGUUUGAAUGGUAGUAGUUUUAUGGACAAAAUGAAUGAAAUGUUUAAUUCAAGCAAAGAUCUACAUCAUCAAGCAGAAAAUGUAAACCUCCAUGAUCACCAUGCAACACCAAAACAUGAUAUGCACCAUAGUAUGAUGUCCAUGACUUUUCAUGGAGGUUUUAUGGAGACAAUACUUUUUUCAUGGUGGAAAGUAACAGAUGUUGGGGAGUUCAUUGGAUCAUUUUUAGCAAUAUUUAUUUUAGCACUUCUUUAUGAGGGAUUAAAAUACUAUAGAAAACAUUUGCUUUGGAAAACCUAUACAGGACUUCAAUACUGCGCAGUCUCCCCACCAGACAAGGGAGUGGCCAAUAUUUGUGCAGAUGAGCCUCAAGUAAUACAACCUAUGCCUCAUGCCCUUGAUAGAAAUGUUCCAACAAUGUUAAGCGUGGAACAUGCAUGGCAGACUAUACUUCAUGGCAUACAAGUUUUAGUGAGCUACAUGUUAAUGUUAGUAUUUAUGACAUACAACACAUGGCUGUGUGCUGCUGUUGUUCUCGGAUCUGCAACAGGUUACUUCCUCUUCGGAUGGCGGGAAUCAGUGGUAGUAGACUUUACUGAACAUUGCCACUGACAUAAGCUUAAGAAUCAGAUAAAAGCAUAGUAUUAACAUAGCUUCUCUUGUAUCCUCUUUAUUAAAAUUAAAAAAAAUAUAUAUAUUUACAUAUAUCAUGGUGUUGAAAGUAAUUAUCGUGUUAUAUUAAGACAACACUGGGUAGUUGAAUAUUUAUAUCUGUUUAUUAUGUAAUUUAUAAGGUUUUAUUUAGGUUAUUAAAAAUUAUGAAAGCUC